AUGAAUCGAUCCAACGCGGUACUUGCGGCCCGCUUCCCAAGCGCCUCACGACUCACCCUCCUGGACGCAUAUCACUCGUGCUCCUCUCCUCUUCCCAGACGUCUCAGACAUCCUGCUCUGCUCCCAUCCCACACCACUGCAGUCCGUUUCCCAGAACCACCGGGGUACUCAGUCCGCUUCCCAAGCGCCUCACCACUCACCCUCCUGGACGCAUAUCACUCGUGCUCCUCUCCUCUUCCCAGACGUCUCAGACAUCCUGCUCUGCUCCCAUCCCACACCACUGCAGUCCGUUUCCCAGAAUCACCGGGGUACUUGCGGUCCGCUUCCCAAGCGUCUCACAACUCACCCUCCUGGACGCAUAUCACUCGUGCUCCUCUCCUCUUCCCAGACGUCUCAGACAUCCUGCUCUGCUCCCAUCCCACACCACUGCAGUCCGUUUCCCAGAACCACCGGGGUACUCAGUCCGCUUCCCAAGCGUCUCACAACUCACCCUCCUGGACGCAUAUCACUCGUGCUCCUCUCCUCUUCCCAGACGUCUCAGACAUCCUGCUCUGCUCCCAUCCCACACCACUGCAGUCCGUUUCCCAGAACCACCGGGGUACUUGCGGUCCGCUUCCCAAGCGUCUCACAACUCACCCUCCUGGACGCAUAUCACUCGUGCUCCUCUCCUCUUCCCAGACGUCUCAGACAUCCUGCUCUGCUCCCAUCCCACACCACUGCAGUCCGUUUCCCAGAACCACCGGGGUACUUGCGGUCCGCUUCCCAAGCGUCUCACAACUCACCCUCCUGGACGCAUAUCACUCGUGCUCCUCUCCUCUUCCCAGACGUCUCAGACAUCCUGCUCUGCUCCCAUCCCACACCACUGCAGUCCGUUUCCCAGAACCACCGGGGUACUUGCGGUCCGCUUCCCAAGCGUCUCACAACUCACCCUCCUGGACGCAUAUCACUCGUGCUCCUCUCCUCUUCCCAGACGUCUCAGACAUCCUGCUCUGCUCCCAUCCCACACCACUGCAGUCCGUUUCCCAGAACCACCGGGGUACUCAGUCCGCUUCCCAAGCGUCUCACAACUCACCCUCCUGGACGCAUAUCACUCGUGCUCCUCUCCUCUUCCCAGACGUCUCAGACAUCCUGCUCUGCUCCCAUCCCACACCACUGCAGUCCGUUUCCCAGAACCACCGGGGUACUUGCGGUCCGCUUCCCAAGCGUCUCACAACUCACCCUCCUGGACGCAUAUCACUCGUGCUCCUCUCCUCUUCCCAGACGUCUCAGACAUCCUGCUCUGCUCCCAUCCCACACCACUGCAGUCCGUUUCCCAGAACCACCGGGGUACUUGCGGUCCGCUUCCCAAGCGUCUCACAACUCACCCUCCUGGACGCAUAUCACUCGUGCUCCUCUCCUCUUCCCAGACGUCUCAGACAUCCUGCUCUGCUCCCAUCCCACACCACUGCAGUCCGUUUCCCAGAACCACCGGGGUACUCAGUCCGCUUCCCAAGCGUCUCACAACUCACCCUCCUGGACGCAUAUCACUCGUGCUCCUCUCCUCUUCCCAGACGUCUCAGACAUCCUGCUCUGCUCCCAUCCCACACCACUGCAGUCCGUUUCCCAGAACCACCGGGGUACUUGCGGUCCGCUUCCCAAGCGUCUCACAACUCACCCUCCUGGACGCAUAUCACUCGUGCUCCUCUCCUCUUCCCAGACGUCUCAGACAUCCUGCUCUGCUCCCAUCCCACACCACUGCAGUCCGUUUCCCAGAACCACCGGGACGUCUCAGACAUCCUGCUCUGCUCCCAUCCCACACCACUGCAGUCCGUUUCCCAGAACCACCGGGGUACUCAGUCCGCUUCCCAAGCGUCUCACAACUCACCCUCCUGGACGCAUAUCACUCGUGCUCCUCUCCUCUUCCCAGACGUCUCAGACAUCCUGCUCUGCUCCCAUCCCACACCACUGCAGUCCGUUUCCCAGAACCACCGGGGUACUUGCGGUCCGCUUCCCAAGCGUCUCACAACUCACCCUCCUGCACGCAUAUCACUCGCCUCCGGUGUGCGUCCAACCGGGCGUCAGCGAAUCGCAGCGCGCCAGGUGGCUCGACGACAGGGGUCAGCGGACGUGGCUGGGGCACUGCGGGAUGGGUUGGUUGGAGAGGACCAUUAG